AUGGUGAUCACCUAUUUCUUCACCAUCAGCGCCUUGCAGACUGAUGCUGCCAUCUGCCUGGAACAGCUGGUACCCCGGCCUGAGUAGAGUGCCACCCUGAUCCUGGGCUUGUUCCCCCAGACCUCAAAGAGAAGCUCUUCCUCUCCUGUUCGCUAAGCCCCGACACAGGAGGGGUAGGAGGAGGGGUCGGUGGGGCCGGGUGGAACUGUGGUACGGGCGUCGCACCAUGCAGUCACUCAGCAAUGAGCAGAAGGCCUCCAAGGUCCUGGGUGUGGUCUUCUUCCUGUUCGUGGUCAUGUAAAGUCCCUUCUUUAUCACCAAUAUACUGGUGGUGGUGUGCCACCCUGUGAACUGUGACCCGGGGGUGAUGGGGGGGCUUCUGAACGUGCUUGUGUGGGUGGAUACCUCUCCUCAGCCAUCAACCCUCUGGUAUACACUCUGUUUAACAAACUCUGUUCAGUUCAUACUGGUCAACACCAUCCCUCCACGGGCCUACAUG